AUGAACAGUACAGGCCUGAACUCGACGAAAUCAAAGACAAAACCAGUAAAUAAUUUCCCAGAAAGUGUACGGGUUGAUAAAUUUCUGGAUGAGAAAUUCCUGCGGGAAGGAGAGAAUUUCAUACCCCGAGAGGCAGGAAGGCAGGAAUAUCGCAAGACCGGGGUCAGGAAAGGGCUGCUAUCUCUUUCCCUGGAGGAGGCACUUUUUGAAGCUGCUUCCUCUGGGAUUUGCCUGGAGGCUCUGAGAGAGCGCGCGGAAAGUGGAGGAUAUGCCCACUUCCUGACGUACUGCAGCAUCCGCAGAAGUGGAUGGAUCCUCCUGCGAGAGACUGGGGAUGCGACCAGAGAAAGCCCGAGCAGAGAAGAGAGAAAGUCUCCAGAAAAUACCAGAAGUAGUACCAGUAAUAAUAUUUCAGAGAGUGAUAGUAAGAGGGAUAAUACUAGCAGUGACAAUAUAAUGAAUAAUAACAAUGAUACUAGUUGUAGUAAUAAUAUUUCAGAGAGUGAUAGUAAGAGGGAUAAUAACAGUGAUAAUAGAAUGAGUAAUACUAGUAAUAAUAACAGUGAUAAUAGAAUGAAUACUACUAGUAACAAUAACAGUGAUAAUAGAAUGAGUAAUACUAGUAACAAUCUUAAUCCUACUACUAGUGAUGAUAGAAUGAGUACUAGUAACAAUCUUAAUCCUACUACUAGCAAUAAUCCUAUUAGUCAUGACAGCAUUCCUGGAUGCUGUAAUAAUCCAGAUGAAAAGUCUCCAGGGAGCUGUGAGCACAAAAAAUAUCGAUACGCUUUAUUUCCCCCAGAGAAGGACUUCAACAGGAAAAAGGCCAUUUCCACACGGACCCUGCAGAUAGUGCGUCCUGAAGACGUCUUUUCUUUGGAGAGGGCAGGAAAUGGGCCCGUAGUAUACGCUGUCUCUGACGGAGACUCUUUUGCUCUUUUCGAGGCGACUUCCUACAACUCCGCCGAGGAACUGCUAAGAGAGUGCGCAGGGAAUGUCUCCAGAAGAGGGUAA